AUGAGACAGAGGCUUGUCAGCCAGGGAUUGAAAUACAUACAAUGGAGAUCUGCCUCCACAGCUGCUGCACGAGCACCUCCCAAAUCAGCAGGUCCUUCCUCACCGCCACCACCAGAAGCCGAGCCGUCGGUCGGACAAAGCAGCCUGUUGCUGCAAGAACCUGCGGAAGCUCUCGCUACCAAGGGCUUGACAUUUGCUGACGGUCAUGGACUCAAAGGGCCUAAUGGAAGGGGUCGAGAGGUCCGCCGCAUGAACCUUCACCAAGCGAUCAGGGAUGCACUCGGUACCGCAUUGGCCACGAAUCCGAAAUCCAUAGUCUUCGGGGAAGAUGUUGAGACUGGGGUCUUUCGUUGCACACUUGGUCUCAUGGACGAGUUCGGCAAACAGAGGGUGUUCAAUACACCCUUGACAGAGCAGGGUAUUGCAGGUUUCGCAAUUGGAUACGCUAGUAUAGGUGGUAGCGCCAUCGCAGAGAUUCAGUUUGGGGACUAUAUCUUUCCCGCUUUCGAUCAGAUUGUCAACGAGGCAGCUAAACAGCAUUAUGCCAGUGGUGGAGGCUAUCCUCUGCAAGGAGGAUCUCUUACCAUCCGAGCACCAAUAGGCAGCGUUGGUCAUGGAGCUCUUUAUCACUCGCAAAGCCCAGAGGGUUUCUUCCUCGGCGCUCACGGUCUCAAGGUCGUGAUCCCACGUACACCGAUCCAAGCCAAGGGUCUGCUUUUGGCAGCUGUGCGAGAUCCCUGCCCAACUCUUGUACUCGAACCGAAGAUUCUUUACCGAGCAGCUGCCGAAAUGGUCCCCGUCGAUGACUAUACAUUACCCCUUGGCGACAUCGAUGUCCUACGCGAAGGCACAGAUCUCACAGUACUGUCUUACGGGACCCCAUUGUAUACUUGUCAACGCGCGAUCGAGCUCCUGGUUAAUCCACCCGCAUCUUUGAUCCCUUUCUUACCGGCGCGGCUCCGACCACCCAACCCAGCUCCUUCUAUCCAGCUUAUCGAUGUUCGUUGUCUGAAUCCGCUCCCGCUCAAUAGCAUUACGGAGGCAGUCCGCAAGACUGGACGAAUGGUGGUAGUGCAUGAAUCCGGCAAGAGCGGAGGUGCAGGCAACAACAUUGCGGGCGAGGUUGCACGCCGUGCGUUUGAUCACCUCGAAGCGCCCAUCGCAUUGGUCAGCGGCUGGGAUACCCCGGUCCCGUUAGCUUUUGAGCGAUUUUACCAACCAGAUGUCAUCAGAAUCUUUGACAAGAUGGUUGAGACGCUCAACUAUUGA